CCCCCCCCCCCGGGAGGGUCGCGCAUGCGCGCUGCGCCCAGCCCAUCCCGCCGGCCGCGUCCCCAGCAGGCCGUUGCCAUGACAAAGGAGCGGGGGGGGGACCCCCCGGCGGGGGGGGCGCUGCCCCCUGACGCCCCCAGCCCCACGCUGGAGCGACGCAAGAAGCCGAUGGUGCACCCCGCCGCCCCCGCACCCCUCCCCAAGGAUUACGCCUUCACCUUCUUUGACCCGAACGACGCGGCGUGCCGGGAGAUCCUGCUGGACCCUCGCACCACUGUCCCCCAACUCUUCGCCAUCCUGCGCCAGUGGGUGCCCCAAGUGCAGCACAAAGUCGACGUCAUCGGCAAUGAGAUCCUGCGCCGCGGGUGCCACGUCAACGACCGGGACGGACUGACGGACAUGACGCUGCUGCACUACGCCUGCAAGGCCGGCGCCCACGGCGUGGGGGACCCCGCGGCCGCCGUGCGCCUCUCGACGCGGCUGCUGGCGCUGGGGGGGGACGUGACGCUGCGCGGCCGCUGGACCCACAUGAACGCCCUCCACUACGCCGCCUACUUCGACGUCCCCGAGCUCAUCCGCACCCUCCUGCGAGCGGCAGCCCCCCGCGUGCUGCACUCGACCUGCAGCGAUUUCAGCCACGGGACGGCCCUGCACAUCGCGGCCUCCAACCUCUGCCUGGGCGCCGUGCGGUGCCUCCUGGAACACGGGGCCGACCCCGCGCUCCGGAACAGCAAGGGUCAGGUGGCGGCCGAGGUGGUCCCGGACCCCACGGACAUGGCGCUGGACAAGGCGGAGGCGGCGCUGGCGGCGCGGGAGCUGCGGCGGCUGCUGCUGGACGCCGUCCCCCUGAGCUGCAGCCUCCCCCGCGUCACCCUCCCCAACUACGACAACCUCCCCGGGAACCUCAUGCUCCUCUGCCUCGGGCUCCAGCUGGGCGACCGCGUCCGCGUCGACGGCGGGAAGGUGGGGACCCUGCGGUUCUGCGGCACCACGGCCUUCGCCAGCGGCCAGUGGGCGGGAGUGGAGCUGGACGAGCCCGAGGGCAAGAACGACGGCAGCGUGGGGGGGGUCCGCUACUUCAUCUGCCCCCCCAAACAGGGUGUUUUCGCCUCCGUCUCGAAGAUCUCCAAGGCGGAGGAGCAGCCCCCGGUGCCAUCGCCCCCCCAUAGCCCCUCGGGACCCCCGGCGCGAGCCCCCCACAAGAGCCGCAAGGACAAGAGAGCUGGACAUGAAGGGGCCGCGGGGGGGGCGUGGCUGGACAGGGAGGGGCGCCGCGUGGCCCCGGGGGACGCGGUGCUGGUGGCCGGACAGCGCCCGGGACGGGCCCGGUUCUACGGGCGCACCGACUUCGCCCCCGGGUACUGGUUCGGGGUGGAGCUGGACUCGGCUGGCGGGAAACAUGACGGCUCCGUUUUUGGGGUGCGGUACUUCUCGUCCCCCAAACACGGCGUGUUCGCCCCCCCCUCCCGCGUGCAGAGGGUCGGGGGUCCCAGGGAGGAGCCGGGGGACAGCGCCCCCGAAAAGAAGGUCCAGCAGGUCACCGUGUCACAGCCCAAGCGCAACUUCCCGGCAGUGCGGACCCCGAAGGACAUCACCUCCGAGAGCUCCUUCUCCAGGUUACUCUUCUGCUGCUGGUUCCCCUGGAUGCUGCGGGCCGAGAUGCAGUCCUAACCCCGCCCCCCCCCCCCCCAACCUUGCUGUGCCCCCAGCCCCCCCCCCCCCUUCCCCACCCAGUGCCUUGCUCCCCUCCCCCACCCGGGGAGACGUGAUGUGACACACCCCCCCCCAAACCCCUCCACUUGGCGCCGGGCUGUUCACUCUGGAACCUACUGAUUACCAUGAUGGAGGGGAAGGGGGGGGAGUUGAGGCCAGCCCCCCCCAGCCCCUCCCCUAAUCCCUGUUUUGGCCUGUUCACCCUGAAACCUACUGAUGACAGUGAUGGGGAUUUGCUGCCAGCCCCCCUCCCAAACUCCUCACCUGCCCUCCCAUUUGGGCUGUUCACUCUGGACCCUACUGAUUAUCCCUGUGAGGAGCGCGCCUAUGCCAGCCUCCCCCCCACCUGGGGUCAUUCACUCUGGAACCUACUGCCUACAACUGGGGGGACGAAGGGGUUUCAUGCCAAGGCCCCUUCCCAAGCCUAUUCCUGAGCCGUUAACUCUGGAAACUACUGAUUAUACCCAAGGGGGGGGGCGUUGUGUGGAAAACUGGUUUAUACUGAGUCGGUGGAUUCUCCAAUGGCUGCUAGUGGGGUUGAGGACACCCCCCCACCCCCCAGAAAAAAGGAACCAGGCAACUGGAAGGUGCAGAGGGGGGAGACCUGGGACCAAUGGCGUCGUGCUCCCCAAACCCCCCCACCCCCCCGCAGUAGCAAUAACGUCCCCUCCCCCGCGAUUGUGUGAGUGGCUUUAAUGUGUCCCCCCCCCAUGUCCCCCCCCCUCGCUGCCGCAUGGUCACCCCAGACCCGCUUCUGCCACCAAUAAACACCUUUGUACGUCCUA